UAGUCCGGACAACUUUAUAUGCUACUCUAUAAAGGUAUUAUGUUCAGAAACUAGUUUUCGUUUAAGUAGUUUCUUUUUAAUCAGUGUUCCGGAGGGUGAUAUUUGGUUUAACUUAGUGAUGUCUAUAAUCCUGUGUUUCGACCCACAAUACAUGCACCAUACCAACCGUGGACUUUUUUGUUGUGAGGAGGCUACUCGCUCUCUCUUCAGGGUCUCGCUUGUGUUUUUAAUGCCGCCCUCAUUGCGUUGAACGGCUUUGCAAUCAUUAAAUCAAAUUCCUAGAGUUUCUUCUCUUCAUAAAAAAUUCUUCGACUUUUAUGUUGCUGAUUAUUUCCAAGUUAUUUGGUACGCUUGACCAUAUUUCGUGACAAUAUUUUAUUGCUAUCAAUGUCCACCUGUCUAUCUGUUAAAACACGAUAGAGUCCAAACGUGGCAAGAAAGAAAGCUGAAAUUUUGCACAAAUAUUUUUAGUUGGUGUAUAGGUCCACGAUUUCACUUAGCCCCCAUAUAAGGUAGCCUUCAUAAAAUUACUUAUUUAUUUUAAAAUAAUGGAACCAUAAUUGACAUAUAAACUACACCUCAGAAAAAUGACUAUAACGCUCAUACCUUGCCAGGUUUAAUAGCCUAUAACUGUAUAUAAAAUUUUAUAAGAAUUGGACUACAGUUGAUCCUAUCUUCUUCAGAAAAAUACUAUAACGUUCAUAACUUCAUUCAAAAUUCAAGUAUAGCAACGAAAUUCUAUUGAAACAAGUUUUAUGGGAACUGAAAUCUUCCCGCUUAAUUUUAUAACGAAAUUUUAUAACGAUCGGAGGACAAUUGAUACUACUCCAUGUAUGAGAUCUCCUUGAAAAUAUUACUUAAACAUUCAUAAAAAGUUUUAUCGGAACUAAAAUAUUUUUGCUCAAUUUUAUAAGAAUCGAAUACAAUGCUUUAAUUUCAUAUGGAUCGUUUUAUAAUUGACCCUAUCCGCUAUAUAAGGUCUUCUUCAGAAAAUGACUUUAGCCCUAAAAACUGUCUUAAAAUCAUGGAGAGGAAAGCAUUUCAAUGUAACAAAAUUUAUUGAAACCAACAUAUUUGUCAAAUUUAAAUUAAAAUCCCUAUUUACAAAGAUUUAACGCUAACUUCAUACUUUGAAUUUAUAUAGUGUUCACAAAUGAAUUUUGUGACCUCCACUGAUCUCAAUAUAAUGCCACCAAUUUCCGACAUGUUAAAUGUCCACCUACUUUUUUGUGGAAAUUUUUUUUGUUUUCGACGCGGUGACACCUGAACCUUUUACAUUAAUAUCACAUAAAAAAAUAUUAUUUACGUUUUGUAUGCAUCAAAAACUAUAUUUUUUGUAUUGUUUAUUCACCUUUUUGCAUAUAAAAGUUUUGUAAACAAUUGUUUACUACAGAAAAAUGUAGGUAAUAUACUAAAUAUUUACGUGUAAAGUUAAACUUUAAAUGAAACCAAAUAAAAAAUAUGGAUAUCUUAAAGACAAUUCUAAUGUUCUAAAUAAAGUUAAGAGGUGGAGUUUUAUUUUUCCAAACCGGAGCCACUUGGUCUGGCAUAAUCUGCUGCAUUGCGUAAAAAUUAACAACAAUACUUUUAUGGAGUCUGUCUCUCUCAAGUCGCUUAAGGUUAUGGUCAUAUAAUUUAAAUCGACUAUAAAGAUGCUAGAAAAAGCUCUAGGAUAAACAAUUUUAAACGAUUUUUAAUUUUAGAAACAAUUUUGUUAAUUAUUUUAUAAAAUUCAACGCUUAACGCCUAGCGCCAACAUUCUGUCUAUGAAAUUAUAGUCCUUUGCUGUAGUAUUUUCUUAAAAGCACACCAGAGGAGCUGGCGAAAAAAUAACAAAAACAAUAUUAAAUGUCGUUAAACGAGAACAAGGAUAUAAAGAAUUAACAGAAAGAAAAACAACAACAACAAAGAGACGUUAAUGUUCCGCGUAACAUAAUCUAUUGUUGGAAUGAAGCAUUAAAGCACAAACACAUACUCACAAAAUAGAUGUAGUACGUUUUAGUUUACCAAAAAAAAGAAAUCAAUACUUUCAACAGCUUUAAUGUAAACCCUUAAAAAGCUUUCAUACGCACAGAGAGGAAAUAACACUACUAAUGAAAUCAAUGUAGGGAGAGAGAGAACAAACAAAAAAGCUUGAGCUAACACUUACAAAUGCAAAUAGAAUAAAACAUUUACACAACAAAAAAUAAAACAUAUGCACUUGGAGAGUAAAAAAAUAGCUUUAGCAAAGCUUUUUCUUGCAUUGGAAUGCACUUUUGAAGGCCUACCGAGCAUUAAAGCUACGUAUGUAAGGGCAGUUGUAUAAGCAACGUUUAAGGUUUUGAAACACGAAACGAAGCAACGCGCGAGAGUGUGUGUCGUUCAAAUACAAAUAUUUCAACAUAAAAAAAAGAAAUAAAAAAAUCAUUUAUACUAAAAAUAGCUUUACUAUUGGACACAAAAUAUUUAAGAAAAAAUUCUAAUAAUUAAAAUUUUGCAAAAAGAAAUUCAAAGAAAAUUUGUUCUUAAAAAAUGUAAAAGAAGCAAAAAAAGCAAGACGGCGGCGCGUUAAAUAAAGUGCUAAAAAUGUGUUAAAGAAAAAAAUUUCAAGUUUGUUUGAGGCAAAAUAGAAUCGUCAACUCAAAGCAAUUGUUACAAAAAAAUACAUCCUUUUAAAAGGAUAUACACAUAAUUUUUGAUUCCCCUGGUGCCUUUACACAACACACGAAACAAAUAAAAGCAAUUAAAUUGAGUGGCAAACAAAAAAUUUUGAAUCACAAAUCUUUAACUAAACUAAAAAAAUUAUUAAGAAAACAAGUCAAUUAAUUACCUCAAAAAAAGAAGACACUUAAAAACGUAACCAACAACAAAUUUCAAUUAGUAUUAUCUACCAACAAAAACAAAAUAUAUAAAUAAUUAAUUAAUUAAAUAAAAUAUAAUAAAACUAAAUACGAGCACCCAACAAAAAGCAAAGAAAAAACCAAAACAAAAAAACCAUUUCAAAUCGCCCUUUUCAGAUGUACGGUAACUAUGCGCCAGCUGGAAGCCCACCGUUGCCAGAUAUUAUAGGACAAUAUUAUUCUCCAGGUUACGGAGCUCCUGGGCCAUAUGAUUUGUAUGGAGGACCUUCGACAUCGGCUGGCUACUUGUAUGAUCCUGCGGCUGUGGCCGCCAGUUAUUAUGGUCAAACCUCGCCCAUACGUAGGCGCCGAUACAGCAUUGCUGGCCUGCCAUCGGCCUCAAUGAUGAACGAUUAUUACGGUUACCAGCCGGUGGGUCCACAGCCCCUGCAUCAGUCUUCCUCUUCGAAUAUUAUUAAUUUGCUCAACGAGGCUCACAAGUCGAUAUCGCGCUCCUCCCAAAUACUCGGCCAUCACGCACGUCUGGCUCAAGCCCAACAGGCUGCCGCCCAAACCGUCACACCGCUAACGCACUAUCCCGGUCGCGUCAUAUCUAGUUAUCCCACUCUGCAUCCGGGUGAUACCUCGCCGCCCUAUCUGAACGAUAACCUAAUGCAAAUGUCCGCGAGUUUCUCGUCGCAGCCGAACAUGUACUUCCAGCAAUACACACAACCACCUCAGACGGCACCCGGCCAACUGGGCAUGGGCGGUAUGGUUGGUGGAACGCGUUUAAGACCCGCGUACUCGGUAUCGAAUCUGAACUAUCUCAAUUAUCCCAGUGGUGUAGGGGUGGGUGUAGGUGGCGUCGGCUUGGGCGGCAGUAAAUAUGCGACGACAGCAGGUGGUGUGGCCGGCAGUAGUUAUAUAAACCCGUACUCUCAAACCCUAUACAAUCCAUCUGAUGUGAAUGCCUACAAUGUCAAUAACAUUAUGCAACAGCGCAACUUAAUGUCAUCUCUACACGCCUCGAAUCCCGCCAUAUCGCAACUCUAUCAGCAGCAUCAGCAUUUACCAUCACAGCAGCAACAACACCAGCAGCAGCAACAAUACAAUACGCACCAGCAAAUGCUGGCUCAUAAUAUACAACAGCAAUUCGCUGGCACCCAACAUUAUGCUCACCAAAUACCGCCCAGCACACAUCCCUCAGCUCAUAUACAUGCCUCCGUACAGCAACAGCUGAAUCCGGAUCAUCAAUUUCACAUACACCAGCACCAGAACCACUUGCAAACACAUCCGCUGGCCGCUCUGGCCAGCACGACGGCACCCUUCCCGGCCACCCUGACAAGCAGCGCUCUGCACGAUGUGCGCAGCGCCAUGGGUGGUGGAGGCGGUGGGCUUGGUGUUGGUCUCGGUAGCAGUGGUUUAUCUGGUUCCGGCGGAGCUGCAUACGAUCACUUACUACACACCUCAUAUCCGCACCAUCAUCUGCAACACACUCACUCGCACAUGCAGCAUCCGUUGUCGGCAACAACUUCAUUAGGACACUCAUACUCUCAUCAUCCGCAUCACAUGUCACCAUAUUCGAAAAUAGAUUUAGAUUAUCCAAAAAUGCCACAAGAGCAAAAACGACAAUUGGACGAAUUCCGUCUUGAAAUACAGAGGAGGGAUCAGGAAAUAUUGGCAAUGGCGGCCAAAAUGAAAACAUUGGAAGAACAACAUCAGGACUACCAGAGGCACAUUGCGGUCUUGAAAGAGUCGUUAUGUGCCAAAGAGGAACACUACAACAUGUUGCAGUCUGAUGUUGAAGAGUUGAGAGCCCGUCUCGAGGAGAAGAAUCGUUUGUUGGAGAAAAAGAAUCAGGGUACCAUGCAGACAGUUCAGGAACGCAAUCGUCUUACCAGCGAGCUAACCGAACUCAAGGACCAUAUGGAAAUUAAAGACCGUAAAAUCUGUGUACUCCAACGAAAGAUUGAAAACUUAGAGGAUUUGCUCAAGGAGAAAGAUAACCAGGUGGAUAUGGCUCGUGCACGGUUAUCGGCAAUGCAAGCUCAUCAUAGCAGUUCGGAGGGCGCUCUCACAAGUCUCGAAGAGGCCAUUGGCGACAAAGAGAAGCAAAUGGCUCAACUGCGAGAACAGCGAGAUCGUGCCGAACAUGAGAAACAAGAAGAACGUGAACUGCAUGAGCGUGAAAUUGCCGAUUACAAAAUUAAAUUGCGUGCCCUCGAAAGUGAAGUUGAAAAGCUAAAUACUCGCCUUGAACGUGCCGUCACUGAACGUGAACGUUUAGAAAUCAAGCUUGAGGCUUCACAAAGCGAAUUAGGCAAAUCGAAAGCCGAAUUGGAAAAAGCCACCUGUGAAAUGGGACGCAGCAAUGCCGAUUGGGAGACCACCAAACAGCGUAUAGCACGCUUAGAACUCGAAAACGAACGACUCAAACACGAUUUGGAACGUUCACAGAUGCAGCUAGAUGAACAAACCACACUACAUAAAUCGGUUCAGAAAUUAUUACAUGAAUCUGGAAAAAUAUCGACAACAUUUGGUCGCACAACUUUAACAACUUCCCAAGAGCUGGAUCGAGCACAAGAGCGCGCUGAUAAAGCAGCUGCCGAACUGAGACGUACCCAAGCCGAGCUCAGAGUCACUCAGGGCGAAACAGAUAAACGUUUUUCGGAUGCGGAAAGAGCUCGCGAGGAAGCGGCCGCCCUGCAGGAGAAACUGGAAAAGAGCCAGGGUGAAGUGUAUAGACUGAAAGCUAAAUUGGAAAAUGCCCAGGGCGAACAGGAAAGUUUGCGUCAAGAACUGGAGAAAGUACAAGGUGGCAUUUCACGUAUACACGCUGAUAGAGAUCGGGCCUUCUCUGAGGUGGACAAGAUGAAGGAAGAAAUGGAACGUACCCAAGCCACUUUAGGUAAAGCACAAUUACAACAAGAAAAACUACAGAAUGCUUUGGAUAAGGCACAAAACGAAGUGGAUCAUUUGCAAGAGAAACUCGAUAAGGCGGGAGCCGAUAAUCGUCGUUUGGUCUUGGAGAAGGAGAAACUGACAUACGACUAUGACAAUUUGCAAUCACAAUUGGAUAAGGCUUUGGGCCAGGCAGCUCGAGUACAAAAGGAACGUGAAACUCUUACAUUAGAUACCGAUCGUAUUCGCGAGAAACUCGAAAAGGUUCAGAUACAACUGGCACGUGUCCAGAAGGAACGUGAUCAAUUCUCCGACGAAUUAGAAACUCUUAAAGAGCGAUCAGAAUCAUCACAAACACUGCUUCAAAAAGCAGCACGCGACCGAGAAGCCAUGCAAACCGAUUUGGAAGUACUCAAAGAACGUUACGAAAAAUCGCAUAAUAUCCAACAAAAACUUCAGAUGGAACGCGAUGAUGCUGUUACAGAAGUGGAAAUUCUCAAGGAGAAAUUGGACAAAGCUUUGUAUGCCAGUCAGAAACUUAUUGACGAAAAGGACACUUCAAAUAAAGAAUUUGAAAAAAUGCUGGAGAAAUACGAUCGUGCUCAGAAUGAAAUUUAUCGCCUGCAAUCACGGUGUGAUACCGCUGAAGCAGAUCGUGCUCGCUUGGAGGUUGAGGCAGAGCGUUCUGUACUCGCCGCAUCAAAGGCACGAGAAGAUCUUCGCAAGCUUCAAGAGGAAAGCACUCGUUUACAAGAAGCCUGUGAUAGAGCUGCACUGCAACUUAGUCGCGCCAAGGAAUGCGAGGAUAAUGCUCGUGCUGAACUCGAACAUCAUAGGGAGCGUUAUGAUAAAAUACAAACCGAUCUGCGUCGUACACAGGGCGAGAAGGAGCAUUUACAAUCAGAACUCGAGCGCGUCAGCUAUGAGUUGGAGCGAGCUCAUGCUGCUCAAAGUAAAGCCAGUGCCAGUGUUGAAGCUGCCAAAGACGAGUGUGCUCACUAUGCUAUUGAACUUGAAAAGAUGCGAGAUCGUUAUGAAAAGAGUCAGACAGAACUUAGGAAACUACAAGAUACCGAGACCUUUGGACGAGAAACACGUCGUCUUAAAGAGGAAAACGAGCGUCUGCGAGAAAAACUGGACAAAACCCUUAUGGAACUCGAGACAAUACGCGGCAAAUCCCAAUACGAAUCAGAAACGUUUGAAAAAUACAAGGACAAGUAUGAAAAAAUUGAAAAUGAAAUUGCCACCAUGGAAUCUAAACUCCACGAAACAUCCUUGCAACUUGAACUGUCCAAGGGAGAAGUGGCCAAGUUGUUGGCCAAUCAGGAAAAGCAACGUAGCGAAUUGGAAAGAGCUCAUAUUGAACGAGAAAAGGCUAGAGAUAAACACGAGAAGUUACUAAAGGAAGUAGAACGUCUUAGAUUACAACAAGCCUCCGCCAUUAGUCCCGCUGAUUCAGUGCGUACAUCUUCACUUUCGGCUGGUGAACGCCAAGAAAUUGAUCGUCUUAGAGAUCGCUUAGAAAAAGCCUUGCAGUCCCGCGAUGCCACCGAACUGGAAGCAGGACGUUUGGCUAAGGAACUGGAGAAAGCUCAAAUGCAUUUGGCCAAACAACAGGAAACCAACGAAUCGACUCGUAUUGAAUUUGAACGUAUGUCUGCAGAACUUGGUCGUCUUCAUGACCGUCUCGAAAAGGCCGAAGCUGAGAAAGAAACUCUAAGACAGUCUGCCAGAAACGGAGCCGCAGAAAAACCUCAUCCACAACUUGAAAAACACAUACAACAGCUGGAGGCAGAUUGCAAACAGCUGUCAAUCGAACGGGAACAAUUAGUGCAUCAAUUAGAAAAGAGCCAGGAAAUCCUAAUGAACUUCCAAAAAGAACUUCAAAAUGCCGAAAGCGAACUCCAAAAUGCACGAGAAGAAAACCGCAAAUUACGCAAUGGCCAACCCGUGGCUCCUGCCGCACCAGCCGAAAUUCAAGCAAUGCAAAAGGAAAUACAAACAUUGCAACAGAAACUCCAAGAGUCCGAAAAGGCGGUACAGGCGGCGGGUGCUGCUGCCCAAGGCGGAGCCUCACGAGAGGAAAUUGAACAAUGGCGCAAAGUUAUCGAGGCUGAAAAGAACAAGGCCGAUAUGGCAGAUAAGGCGGCUCAAGAGAUGCAUAAACGUUUACAGAUGAUGGAUCAGCAUAUUAAGGAACAACAUGCUCAAAUGCAGAAAAUGCAACAACAGUUGCAACAGCAAGCACAACAACAACAGCAACAACAACAAGCACCUGCGAAUACACAAGAAAUCCAACAACUCAACCAAGAACUGGAGAAAGUCAAAGCAGAACUUCAAGCUGCCACAACACAAAGAGACCAAUUCCAACAGCAAUUGGAAAUUUUGGUUGAGGAACUACAAAAGAGUCAGGUUGCCAACCAGGAACAAGCGAAACAAUUACAAGCUGCCCAACAACAAAUACAACAGCUACAGCAACAAAUACAACAGAUUAGCCAAGCGGGAGGAGCAAAUGCUGCGGCCAGCGAAGCACAAAAACAACAAUUGGAACAACAACAAAAACAACUGGAAGAAAUACGCAAUCAAAUCGAUAAUCAAGCCAAGGCGGUUGAAAGUGAACGCAAAAUUAUCGAAGAACAGCGCAAACAAAUCGAAGCCAAGCGCAAAGAUAUCGAAGAGAAGGAGAAGAAAAUGGUCGAAUUCGAUGUUCAACUGCGCAAACGAAAAGAUCAAGUGGAUCAAUUAGAAAAGUCUCUGCAAGCUCAAGGAGGUGGUGCUGCAGCUGCAGGAGAACUUAACAAAAAACUCAUGGAAACUCAAAGACAAUUGGAAGCUUGCAUCAAAGAAUUACAAAAUACCAAAGAAGAACACAAGAAGGCAACAGCGGAAACAGAACGAUUACUCAAAUUGGUACAGAUGUCUCAAGAAGAACAGAAUGCCAAGGAAAAGACAAUUAUGGACUUGCAACAAGCCUUAAAGAUUGCCCAAGCAAAAGUCAAACAAGCACAAACACAGCAGCAACAACAACAAGAUGCUGGACCAGCUGGAUUCUUAAAGAGCUUUUUCUAAACAUAACAAAAUUAAAGAAAACAAAAAUUAUUAUUCUAUCUCUCUCUACACUAACUACACUACAGUUUACAGUUUCUACUAUAUAUUUGUACAUUUGUUGUUGUUCUUGCUUAUACUUUUUUCCAAACAUCAAUUAUCAAAACAAAAACAAAAUAAUUAAUAAAACAAAAGUCAGUAUUUACAUACUCUAUACUCUUUAAAAAAUAAAAUACAAAAAACAAAAAAAUGGAAAAACAAAAUGGAAAAAAAUUUAACAAAAAAACUCAAAUUCAAAAUAUUUUUUCUACUAUUUAUACAUAAUUAAGAAAACCUCUCUAAUACUGCUAAUAAUUGCUUUAUAUUUAAAUUUAAUAAAAUUAUGUCUUUGUACAAUAUUUAAGUUCCAUCAAAUAUACAUAAUUCGUCUAAUUUCGUACUUUUUUUUUCAUUUAUAAUUUUUUCAAAUUAUUAAAUUAUUUAUUUUUUACUUAGAAAACAAUUUUUGUGUGAAUUGUGCCCACUGAUGAAUUGGUCAUGAUAUAUUUAAAUAAAUUAUAAUAAAAUAAUUAAUAAAUAAUAAACAUUAAAAAAACAUAAUGUGAUGUCAUACAUAAAUAAUUCAUAAUCUAACUAUAAAUAAUAUAUAAUAUAUAAUUUGUCAAAUAACUAAAUAAAAACAGCAUAUAUACAAAAAGCAAACCAACAUGAAAAAAAAUUACUAAAUAAAUUUAGUAAAAAAAAAUUAUAUAAAAAUUAAAAAAAAAAUAAUACCGCAUACCAUACAUAUUCACUUUAAAAAAGGCAACAAAAAAUGUUAGUAGUUAAAUAUUUAUUAUUAUUAUAAUUAUUAUAUUAUAUUAACAAUAAUUACAUUAUAGACCCCCCGCCCCUGUUAUAGUUAGAGUAAAUUUAAUUAAGAAAAAAAGUUGAAAAAAAAAUAAUAAAAAUUAUAUAAAUAUUAAUUAAUAAUUUAGUGUAUAUAAUUAGUCAAAAAAUAAAAACAAAAAAAACAUAAUUUUUAUUUUGUUUAUUAAAGAAAAAUUAUGCAAAAAAGUAACCAAAAUAAAUUAAAAAAGGGAAAGAGUUAAAAAAAGUAGAGUUAUUGUUACUAAAAUUAAUAUUUAAAUAAAGUUUUCAAUUCAAUCAGCAAUUAGCCACAACACCAUUCAAAUAGUAUUUCACAAUCAAAUCCUAUAACUAUCCGUUUCCUCCAGCCAUUUAUUUAGUUGUGUAACUUUUGAAUAACUUCACCGGAAAUAGUUAAAACAAUUAAAGACUGAUUUUAAUUGCUAAAUAAAUUGUUUGUCAAAGGUUAACUAUAAAUUAUCUAAGUUGGUUUUAUACUUAAUUUAUUACAGCGCGAUUUAAUAAUGAAAGUGAAAAUUUUAAUGUUAUAGUCAAAACCCAAAAAUUUUUAAGUCGACAGAUUGGACUUUCAACUGAUUUUACAAAUUUUAUAAAUAAAUUUGUCUUGGCUCUGUUAUAACCUCUCAAAAGCUUUAUGACACGAUAUCUGAUAAACCUCAUAAGAUUUGGUUCGCCACCGUUCAAUACUUUUGAAAUAGAUAUACUUUGGUCUCUGGGUUAAAAAUGUUUAAAUAAGAAACAAUGUUAUUUUCAAAUUCUUUAUAUCUUUUUAGAAAACUUGGAAUAGCUCAGUUUAAGGAAUAGCAUCCAUAUUAUUAAUGUUUAGUAAUACUAACGACAAGUGUUUAAUUCAGAUACCAAAGUAUACAUUCUAAAGAACUGAGUCCUACUGAAUCAGAUGAUAUAAAAUAUUUUAUAAAUAAAGUUGUCUCCGAGUCUCAAAAAGGGCCAAAAAUGGAUUUUUUUUCAGGACACGAUAUCUUAAUUCCAAAUGUGAUGGAAUAAAAUUAGAUUGGGAUUCAGCGCUAUUCAAUCCUUUAGAGUUGCGACUUUUAAGAACUCAUUUAUACUCAAGUUAUACUCAAGUUACCAUAUAUUAAUUAGGAUCUUCUUUCUUAAAGAUCCCAUACGCACUUCAAUUUCCUACGUUUUAUAAGGCAAGUAGGAGUUGGAAACUAUCGAACACUUACUUUGCCUCUGGCCUACUAUUUCAGGAAUAAUGAAUCAGUUUUUUUAUGGUCUGAUGGCAUAAAAUAAGAGAUCUAUGUAGUAUUUUUAAUAUUUAUUCAUGCCUCAGAAUGGUACGAUUUCAUGUAAAACACGAUAUGUUAUGACCAAUGGGUAGAUCGAGAUAGGAUACUAGAGUAAAACAAUGGAUCCAGCAUAUGGUUUAAGUAUUUGCAAAAUAUUUUAAAACCUUCUAUUGCGGCUGGUGAAUAGCAAUUCCACUUUAGUAUGCAGUUGUAUGAUGUCCUAGAAAACUGAACUUCACCUCACAAGAUCCCGUAAUUUUUGCAUUAUGGUCUACGGUCGAACCGUGCUAAGAUUGUAUAGUAUGGCAGCACGUAUGUGAUUGUCCUCUUUCAUUUCCAAAUCUUUCUGAAGCUAUGGCAUAAAAUCCGAAAUUUAGCAUAUUCCUAAAACUUACAAGUAGAAUAAGAAGGAUCGGGUGUGAACUAGAUUUUUUUGUCAAAGUAAAAGUUAAAAACGUUAAAUAUUAACAUUUUCGGCUUUCGAAGCGUCUGUAAACUACAUAUCGGUUAUUUGAAACCCCAAUUAUUAAUUAACACAUAUUAAAAAUACAAUUGUUCAAUUCACAAUCGGUGUUGUACGGUUGUAUCGUAGUAUGUUGUAUUUGUUUUGCUAUGGAUUUGUGUUUGUUUUAAAAAAUUUUAUUUGAAAAAUUUUUAUGACAUACAACGAUACGACAUCGAUUAUGAAUUGGACAAAUUUGUUGUAGUGAUAUUAUUUAGUCCUAAAAACAUGUAUAUUAUAAUCACAUACAAAAAGUCUCACUUUUUCUUGAAAGAGAAAUAGUUACUUGACAAAUAAAAAAUGUGCAAUUUUGUUUCCACAUUACUUAUAUACACUGUUAUCCGAUUGGAAUAGAUAGAACUGAAUAAUUGUUUUGAAUAUGAAUCCUUUGGGAUCAAUUUGUUAAUUUAGUAGUUUAAAUGAUUGUUCAUAUGUAUCAAAAGGAAGCGGCGUUAUCCGAUUAA